AUGGAAACCGACGCCGGUGUCAGUUUGAUGAUAAUGUAUGAGGACGAGUCGGUGGAUGUUCGUUACGGAAACGGAGCACAGUUACAGCUGUCACCGUGUGGCUGUGAAUUCACGCUGGUGAAACCCGCGGACCCCCGAGGACUGCUGCCCCCCGACAGAGUCCGACAGAGGAGCCGGUUCACCAUCAGCACCUACAAGGAGCUGAUGGUAGCUGCACUGGCUUUCAGGAAUAAUUAUGCUAGUCGGCCAUAUCUGCCAGAGGAACUCACCCCUGCUGACCUCAAGAAGCCUUUUUUCAGUAUUGAUUCAGCUGUGCAGUGGCCUGAGCCGUUGUCUUACCAGGCUGUGCUUGGACCCGGAGGCGAGACCAUCGUCAGGUCAGAGGAGGGACGAGCUGCGUUGGUGCUCUCGCCUUCGGGUGAAGAAUUCUCCGUCGAGUUCACAUGCAGCCUGAGUCGAAACCAGCACCAUGACAUGCAGCGUUUAAACAGAGAUGGCGGUGAGCAGCAAGCGAGCAAUCGGAUCUGUGACAGCACCAGUGAUCGGACCGAGGAGGUUCAUCAGGGAGGGAGAAGCGGAAGGAAAAAUCUGACUAGAUCAAGGUCUCCUCAGAUGGUCAGCACUGCACAGCCAAAGCCUGAACAGAUAUAUCAGUCCACUACAGUGGUACAGCAUCACUCUUGCUGUGCUGUUGAUCCUGUGUGGGCCUACCCUCUCUCCUUGGCUCACUAUCACUGGACAGCUCGUCUCUCCAAAUCUAAAGAUGUUGGAACAGAGAGAGGGAGCAAUUCUAGUCUGGUAGACAGGAGAAUAAACACAUUGGAUAUCCCCAGUGAAGAAAGAAAGACCCACCUUCCUCAGGCCCUGCCUCUAACAUGUCCAUCACCUCACAGACACAGGUGGAAGGUUAAAGACCCCCUGGCCAAAGAAGAACAUUCAGACCUUCCUACAGAGCCAGUUAAAAUAAUAUGGUGUCAAGGAGUUACCUAUAGGAUUCUGAGUGGAGCUGUCUCAGUCAUAGAGGUUUCCCCAGGAGAUGGAUCCAUCAUCCGGUCUAACGGUGUCCUCACCUCUUAUUUUACCCACCUCAAACCUGAGCUCCAGUCAGUUCAGGUGAAGGAGGUAACUUACUUUUUAAACAGUCUUCCGCCCGAUGUGCUUGGACAGGCCUACUCUGUUUGCUCUAUAGUGAGUCGAGCAAGUAGGAUCCUCACUUGCUACAACCAGGCCAAGGAGUCACUAAAGCUUCCUGCCACACCCAGCUGCUUGCAAGCGGUCAAACAAGACAUACAUUUUUCUAAACCAGCCCCACUUGAAGAAAACCUGUCCAAUGCUGUGCAACACAUACAUUUAACAGAGACAGCAGACACUGUGUCAGAUCUUGUUGCUGCAGAACUGGAGAAGAUAAAGCGAUUCAACUUUUUGCUGGAAAACAGCCACCUGCUGAGGAAUAAGAAAGGGCACGCAGACCUGGAAGGCAGCUCUGCAGAAGUCACUCAUGAACCAGUAAAUGAGAACUGCAUUGCUGAAGCUCUUCAAAGGACAUCUAAAGCCAUACAGGAUAUUGAUGCUCUCAUAUCUGCAACCGCACUGACUUAAAAGAGUCUUUUAAGUUAAAUAAGACAAACAUGCAAAUGAGUUGGCCUGCAAAAACUUAAAGCUGUACAGACUCUCAAAUAAAGACCUCUUUUAAUGUGAUGGUAGCACAUAGUGUUUUCACACAUUGCGUUAAACUGCUUAAUGUGCAAACACAGAAUCAAACAGCAUGCAUGCAGCAGUGCUUGAAACAUGAGUUUCCCACAAAUCCUAAAAGAGCAAGAAAACCCAAUUAAAAAUAUAUGACAAAAA